CACUUGGAGCCAGUGCGCGUGCGCUGCCUCUGUCGGCCUAGGUCGGGAACAUGGCCGCGCGGUCCUUGUGGGCGGUCCGGCGGCGGUUGCAGCACCUCUUGGCCUCGGUUGCUGCGUCCGAUGGCAGGGGAUGUCUGCAUCCUUUCAGCACUGCCACCCAGAGAACUGCUGGUGAGGACUGCAGUUCUGAGGAUCCUCCUGAUGAGCUUGGGCCCUCUCUUGCAGAAAGAGCCUUAAAGCUAAAAGCUGUUAAACUGGAGAAGGAAGUCCAGGAUUUAACAGUGAGAUACCAGAGAGCUCUAGCUGAUGGUGAAAACAUAAGAAGGCGAACCCAGAGAUGUGUAGAAGAUGCCAAGAUAUUUGGAAUUCAGAGUUUCUGUAAGGACUUGGUAGAGGUGGCAGACAUUUUGGAGAAGACUACAGAGAGCAUUUCUGAAGAAACAGAGCCUGGGGACCAGAAGCUCAGCCUUGAGAAGAUCUUCCGAGGAUUGUCACUUUUAGAAGCAAAGCUGAAAAGUGUGUUUGCCAAGCAUGGCCUGGAGAAGAUGACCCCCAUUGGUGACAAAUACGACCCACAUGAGCAUGAACUCAUCUGUCAUGUGCCGGCUGGUGUUGGGGUGCAGCCUGGCACGGUGGCAUUAGUAAGGCAAGACGGCUACAAGCUGCAUGGCCGCACCAUUAGACUUGCCCAGGUGGAAGUGGCAGUGGAGUCUCAGAGAAGACUGUGAAUGGGCCGUGAGGAACUGAAUGUCCUUCAGAGUGCAGUCACCUGUGUUUCCUUUAUUUAUUAAACUAGGUUUGUAUUGUA